UCUUUUAGAUGUAUUUAAGUAAAGAAUUUUUAUAUUAAUUUUAUGUUUAUGUGUCAGUUUAUAAUUGCAUGCUAAAUAUUUUCACAAUAUUUAUAAAUAUUAUAUAAAAAAAAUUAGAUUUAUAGUUAUGAAUAAGUUUAAACUUUUUAAACAUAGUUGAUCUUUCCCAGUAAGGAAAUUAAUGAUAGCUGUAUUCUUUCAGUAUAAUUAAAUAAAAUAUGGAGAAUACUAUAAUUUCUUUAAAACUGUAACUAUAAAUUACUCAUUUAAGUUGACAUAAAUUAAAAAAAAUAAACAUAUUAAAGGAACUUUCACUAAGGUUCAUGCAAAUUUCUACUUAAGUGUACACAGAAUGCAGGUCUGCUUCUAAUCAUAUACAAGCCUUAUAAGCUGUUAUCUGCAUUAAGAUGAUAUUUGCUGAGAAUAAUUCUAUGUUAUGAUAAUUGACAACAGGUGCUUUAGCUGUACUUAAUGAGAAGACAUUGUUAUUAGUCACUGUAGUGAAAAGGUGUUUGACAGAGAAAGAGUUAUUAAAUUCAAACAAAAUAUAUUUUUUAUGAUAUAUUUGUUUGCAACAUAUAUUAUUUUAUAAAUUUUUUAAAUACAGCUAUAUUAUGUGCAUAAAAAUAAUUUUAUUAAAUUAUGUGAACAUACAAUUACUUAUAUUGAUCUUAAGUGUUCUGUUACAAACAAUUGAAUCUACUCAAAUUUCAUUAGAAGAUGAAUUCAGUUCCUAUAUAGAAAAAAAUUUAACAUGUCCAUUGUCAGUAAAAACUUUGGAUUUUAUAUACAAUUUUACUCAACCAGAUUUAGAAAUUAUAUGGCCUUGUGAAAUUCGUUUUCACUGGUUGACAUUACAGCCAUUUGUUAAAUUCGUACGUUUUUUGCUUGGCUACAUAACACCUUUUAUUAUAAUUCUUGGUGUAUUAUUAAAUACAGUUUCUUUUGUAAUGCUAAGUACUCCUAUACUGUGCGAAUCAAAUUUAUCUCUUUAUUUAAAAGCACUUGCAUUGUCUGAUAAUGGAGCAUUAGUUUUUAAUUAUGCUGUAGGUAUUGCAAAGUCAGACUUUACAUUUGUCAAUAAUCUUUUCAUGAAUAGUAGGUUUCUGUGUAGUUUAAAUUCUGUUACCAUGGAGUUUUUUCAAUUCACAUCUACAUGGUUAGUUGUGGCCCUUACUUGGAGACGAGUCCUUGCUGUUAUGUUUCCUUUUGGAAUACAUAGUUGUUGUACUAAUUGUUCUGAAAUAGUAACUAUUACAAUUCUAGUAUGUGUCAGUUUUAUAAUAUCAUUAACAAAGUUAUAUUCAGGAGGAUAUGAAACAGAUAGUGUCUUUGAAUUUAUUCCAUGUCAAAAAAAAAUAAAACCAUGGGGUAGUGCAAUGUAUUUCUAUAUUGCUUUAUCAACAUGGUUGCCAUUACUUUUUAUAUUUAUUGGAAAUGUUUUACUCAUCUUACAUAUGAAAAAAUCUGAGAAAAUUCAUUGUCAGUUAACUCAAAAUUUCAGCCAUAAAACAAAUAGAACGCAUCAUACUUCCAGAACGCUAUUUGUUGUGUCAACUGUUUAUUUAGUUUUACUGUUACCUCUUGGCAUAGUUGAAACAUUGGAACUUUAUUGGGACAUCAUCUUAAUUAAAUCUCCCGCUACCGAAACAAAAGCAAAAGCAGAAUAUAUACAUUGGCUAAAGGAGAAAAUGUUCUUAAAGUGGUGUCGUGGCUUAUGUUUUCAUAUAUAUCACUGGAAUUUUGCCCUUAAUUUCUUUUUAUAUUACUUGACAGGAGAAAAAUUUAGAAAAGUCGUGAUACAAACAUUAGGUCGAUACAAAGACAUAAUAUUUUCAGUAUGUACUAAACACAUUAACAGAUGCAUACUUUGCCCCAAAUAUUCUACACAUUUAAAAUCAGUACAAUCAUCAAAUGUAUUAUUAAUAAGAACUAUUACUCUUAGUGAUCAAUCAAUUUCAGGUAGUAUUUCUGCACAAAAUAAUAUGAUUACAAAUAUUUAAUUUAGAUCUUUUUUUUUAAACUAUUAGCAUUAAAGAUAACAAAAUAUUUUUGUUUAUGUAUACACGUUUUUAUUCUAUACAAUAUUAUUGGUAUUAGUUUGUCUUCAUAAUGUGAAGAAAAAUACGAAAUUUGUUAUACAAUUAUGACAUUUUUAAUGUUAUUGAUGUUGCAUAUUAUAUUAAAUAAUUAAUUUAACGUAUAUUACAAAAUUGACUAUUAGCAUGGAUAUGGUAUCUUAAUCCGACAGUGCACUUCCAUAAGACAUUCUGGAAACACAGAUACAUUAAUUAAAAGAGCAUUAUAAGCUUGAAGCAUUCCAAAGUAUUUUGAGUUCCAAGCAUUUCAAAAUUGAAGUUCUUCAAGUUUAAAAGAUUUUAAAUUUGAAACAUACAUAAAUAUCUAUAUUUAAAUAUGAAGUAUACAUAAAUGAAUUUCUUUUGUACACUGCCGUAUUAAAAGAUACAGCAAUAUCUUGAAAGUUUACAAUGAUUUUGUCUGUAUUUGUAAGUUGAACUUCAUCAUCCAAACCAUAUCUUAAAAAUCACUUCAUGAAAUGAGCCUCAGUAUUAUUUACCUAAAAUUAACUAACAUUUGAUUAUUCUAUUUUUCACGAGCACGUAACAAAGAAGAAACGUACAUUCGGAAUUUUCUGGAACGACUAUCUGCCUCAAAAGAUAUGAAUUUUGAACAAUAAUCAACUCUCAAGGCACUGCUGAUCAUUUUAUUUAUUUAUAAAUCAAGUAUCUAAUUCCAAUACAAACUGUGGAAUUAAUGAACUGAUCUUUAUUAAUACUGCAAUUUAAAUUUUUUCACAUUUUCACUAAUUUUAUAAUAAUUUAGUACAUAGUGCGCAACUGAAGAUCACUUAUUUAUAUACACGCAUACAUACAAUUUUAUAAAUACACAUCUUUAAGAUACAUUUUCGGUAAUUCACAAGAUAUGCGAAAAUUAAAUUUGUAAACAUGUAAUUAAGUAUUUACAUUAAAAUACAUGAAAAUUUAAAUAUCAAGAAUAUUUAAAUUAUAUAUUUCCAAAAAUGCAUAUCCAUGUACCACAUACUAGUUAUACUAUUGUUUUUCUAUUGGUAACUUGAUUAGGAUAGAUUUUAGAUGUAAGAAACAUAAAUUUAUUAUGUUUAAUAUAUGAAUAAUAACCAUAAAUGACAUUAAACAUGAAAUAUACAAAUUUGUUAGUUAUGAUAUUCUUGCAAUUCCCAAGUAGUUCUGAUCAUUCAAUAAUUUCUGCUUAUUAUUAUACAUUUAAAAUUAUAAUAUUAGAAUGCACUUAAACAACUGAAUCAUUACAUAUUUAACUGUAAUUUUAUAUUAAUUGUUAUAAGUAUGAAACGUUUUAUAUACACGUGAAAAAAUAUUGCUAGUUUCAUAUGUUACUUAUAUAUAGCAAAGUACAAAAUGUAUUGAUUGUUUAUUAAACAAAUAUAUCAAUUCAUUAUGUUU